CGAGUAAGAAGAAAGACCGCUGAGUUGCCACACUCGCGCUGGCUUCGCUGUGAAGUUAAGACCUCUCACGUAGUUCUCUCCCCUCUCCGUGAGAAAACCUUAUUUUCAAAUGGCACACACUUUUACAGAUAACAAAGCUGUUUUUGUCAACACCGGACACCGGACAUGACUCCAGCGGUCGACUCCGUCUGCAGCGACUUCACCUCACAGUCAAAGUGCGGGUCUGACGACGGAAUAACGCUUUAAAUGACGUUUUCAGACACGGGAAAGGAGACUUGCUGAAUGAAACUUUGUCCCAUUUCUCACAGAGGGAGAACAGAGGCGUCUAUGGGUGUCUCGUCCAUUUGAAAUAACCGAGCUGACUGCCGCUGUGGACCGCUGCUGGAUGGGACUCAGAUAAAAUGUUUGGUCACCUCAAGUUCCAGGUCGUGAGGUUGGCAGCAAUGUUAGGGGUCGCUCGUUUUGGAAAAUGAUUACUGGCAACACCGACGUUAAAAUAAUGGUCAGAAGAUGUCUAGUAACGUUCAAACCGUUCAGGAUAUUCGUGGUGGGAAUAGGCUUCUUCAGCCUGUGCUUUCUAAUGACCUCUCUGGGGGGGCAGUUCUCAGCCAAGAGACUGGGGGACUCCCCCUUCACCGUCCGCACAGAAGUGCUGGGAGGCGUCGAGUCACGUGGUGUGCUGAGGAAGAUCAGUGACAUGCUGGAAGUGAUUCUGAAGAGAAUGGACAGCCUGUCCAAACUCGACAACACCUCCACCACUGACGCACGGCGCCUGGAUGAGCUCAGCUCUGCUAUCAACAGGUUUCAACCAGCUGGCCUGGUAGAGAGGAUCCAAGCUAUAGCCCAGAAUGUCUCCAACAUGGCCAUCAGGGUGGAGCAGAUUCUUCAAAACAGUAUGGUGCAAGGAAGAGCAGUGAGAGAUGGGACGUCGAACCAGUGUGAAGUACCAAGAGACCCCCGCUUUCCAGAGUGUCCAGGAAAAGUAGAUUGGAUGCGUGCACGUUGGACGUCGGACCCUUGUUAUGCCUUCUACGGUGUUGACGGUUCAGACUGCUCCUUCCUCGUCUACCUGAGUGAGGUGGAGUGGUUCUGCCCCCCACUGGCCUGGAGGAACCACAGUAGUCCCCCGACCCAGCAUGCACAGCAAGCAAAGACCCCUAAGAGACAGGCUGCCUUCCGCACAGACCUCUCUGUGCUGCUGGACCAGGUUGGGACCGGAAAAGAGUCCCUCAGCUUCAUGAAGCGCCGAAUCCGCCGCCUUGCACAGCAGUGGGCAACAGCCGCCAACCGCCUGGAUGCCAAGCUGGAGCAACGCUGGAGGGACCAGAAGAAGAUCCUGGUCCAUGUGGGCUUCCUGACAGAGGAGUCUGGAGAUGUUUUCAGCCCCAAAGUUCUGAAGGGGGGUCCUCUAGGAGAGAUGGUCCAGUGGGCUGACAUCCUCACUGCCCUCCAUGUUCUGGGACAUAACCUCAAGAUCUCAAUGUCUGUCAAGGAGCUGCAGGGGUUUCUCGGUGUACCUCCAGGCAGAGGCAGUUGCCCACUGACUGGCCCGCUGCCCUUUGACCUCAUCUAUACCGACUACCACGGCCUGCAGCAGAUGAAGCAACACAUGGGGCUCUCCCUCAAGAAACACAAAUGUCACAUCCGAGUGAUUGACACUUUUGGGACAGAGCCAGCUUACAAUCACGAGGAGUAUGCAACUCUGCACGGCUACCGGACAAACUGGGGCUACUGGAACCUCAACGCCCGACAGUACAUGACCAUGUUCCCUCACACACCAGACAACUCAUUCAUGGGCUUCGUUUCGGAGGAGCUGAAUGAGACGGAGAAGAGGAGUAUCCAGCAGAACAAAGUCAACAACAUGGCCGUGGUGUACGGCAAGGAGGCCAGCAUGUGGAAGCUUCAGCAGGGUAAGGAAGGUUUCCUGCAGAUUCUCCACAGGUACAUGGAGGUCCACGGCACAGUGUAUUAUGAGACCCAGAGACCGCCAGAGGUCCCGGCCUUCGUGAAGAACCACGGCCUGCUGCCUCAGCAUGAGCUGCAGCAACUGCUGCGCAAGGCCAAGCUGUUCAUUGGAUUUGGUUUCCCUUACGAAGGCCCAGCACCUCUGGAGGCGAUAGCCAAUGGCUGCAUCUUCCUGCAGCCUAAGUUUCAUCCACCUCACAGCUCCCUCAAUCACGAGUUCUUCAGAGGCAAGCCCACUUCCAGAGAAGUGUCCUCUCAGCACCCGUAUGCCGAACAGUACAUCGGCAGACCUCAUGUCAUGACAGUGGACUACAACAACUCCCUGGAGUUUGACUCUGCCAUCAGGGAAAUCAUGAGGACCAAGGUUGAGCCGUAUCUGCCUUAUGAGUACACCUGCGAGGGGAUGCUGGAGAGAGUCCAUUCCUACAUACAGCAUCAGGACUUCUGCGCCCCAGAGGCUUCCUUCAUUCCCGCCAACCUCUCCAGACUGGGGUCUUCUGGUGGCAGCAGGAUUACAGGACCUCUGUUUGUGCCCCUGCCCAAUUCCACAGCUCUUGGCUGGGCAUCCAAUAUGACAGCUCCCCCCGUCUGGCCUCCUCUCAGCUCCCUCAGGCUGAUGGUAUCUCAAGAAGGCCAGUCCUGUGUGGAGGCAUGCCAUUCAGCUGCUUUCAUCUGUGAGCCUGCUCACUUCCGCUUCAUCAACAACAAGGAGGCUCUGCACGGGUUGGAGGUGCAGUGUGAUGUGGUAGACUCUGAGAUGAACCACAUCCUUCCAGCCUUCUCUGUGGUGCGGCGAGAGUGCGGCCUCCAGCGGGAACCCCUCCUCUUCAGCUGUGCAGGACAUUCCCCCAAAUACAGGCGUCUUUGCCCCUGCAGGGACUUCCGCCGCGGCCAGGUGGCGCUGUGCAGAGACUGUCUAUAAUGACGGGAAACGUGAAGGACGGAUGCAAAAGAAAUAGACACAGAUUGGCUGGGUCAACAGCUCACCCAAAAGCCUGAACAGAAACGACUGUGGCAAAUUACCUGGUGGUACAGAGAAGCAGUUUCUACCCCAGAGAACAGUAAAUGUAGGACGAUGAGGAACAUGCAUGGAUUUGAAGAGCUGAAAGUAAGCCCGAAUGGUCUGCUUGACUGUAGUUGUUAUAGCAGCUGUUGUACUGUAACUUGCUGGAAAUAAAAAGCAGUACGUUUUCCUGGAACUGGGCUGCAAUGAUUGCUGGUGUCAUUGCAGUCAUGGAGCAAAGACCUUUGUUACCAACAAACUUUCACGUUAACCCUUUGACUACAGAAUUAUCAUUUCCGCAAGAUCUUGGCCUGUGAUCUGACACACAGCUUCUGACUUUUGAAACUGUCUUACCAAAAAUAAGGGUUUAAGUUGGAAAAUAUACACAUGAAGAAGCAUGUGACUGCAGAGAAACUCGGUAUUGAGACUUCAGUCUACCUUCAAAGAUGAUGGACAACCAGGUUAUCUCCUUUGCUUUUUUCCCCCUUCUCCAAUGAUGGGCAGAGUCAUUUAUCAGACUGAACCCGAAGUCUGAGGCAACAUCGGUCAAUGCAAUCAUCUCUGUUCACAAAAAGAAAGAAGAGUACAGAGGACAAAGAUAAAGGGUACAAGAUUAUUUUUCAAUAAAUAAGCCUUUAGAGCUCUAAACUGAUUUUUAAAGAGUCCUCCAGGCUUAGUGAUGGAAAAAAUAAAAUAAAAAAAUGAG